AGACCGCCCGGAACAAAAAAAAAGUUUAGAAGCAAAAAAAUUGCCAAAAAUAUUUCUAGAUUAGCGUUUAAUCGCUUAAUUAAUCGACCCAUCGCUCGGAGAAAACCAUCUAGAACAAAUCGAGCCGCGAACGCGAAAGGAUGUCCGCAGAAUGGAGAUGUGUCCGCCGGAACCAGGACGAGUGCCGGCGCUAUCUGGACCAGUUUAAGGUGUUUGACCACCCGCUGAAGCAGUCCUCGAUAACGGUGCUGGAGAGCAAGGGAACCCGCGCGAAGGCGCUGGCCAGCCUUAGCGAAAGUACGAGUGGGGCAUCGUCGACGCUAUCGCUGGAUCCGCUCAGCUUGGCGCUGGAUGGGUCGGACCCGCUGAGUGCGUUUGCUGCCCGGCAGGGUUCGGACCCGUUGUCGCAGAUGGCAGCGGAAUUUGAUGGGGGGUCGCCGGUUGCGAAAUUGGGGGCGAGUGCGUCGCAGAAGAAAUCACGGGAGGUAAGCUGCCUGCUGGAUAUGGAGUUGAUUGAGCCGUGGGGGGCUCGCCGGGGAGCGAUAUUGAACAAGUACACGACGAACGAGAAGUUGUCGAUUGUGACGAGCUUCUUGAACGGGGGCGAGACGAUUAAGUCGCAGACGACCAUGUCGGAGAAGGUGAAGUACAGGCUGGAGCAGCUGGACGAGUUUGAGGAAGGCACCGUGCGGCAAAUGUUGGACCUUUCGCAGCAGGAGUACGUGGUGAAGAUUGAGCAGUUGAAUCAUGAGCUUGGGCAGGCCUGGAACACGGAUCAACGGGUGAAGGCGCUCAAGAUUGCGAUUCAGUGCUCAAAGCUGCUGGCGGACACCUCGGUUAUUCAGUUCUAUCCUUCAAAGUUUGUGCUGAUCACCGAUAUCUUGGAAAACUUUGGAAAGCUCGUUUACGAGCGAUUGCUUGUGAAGGGAGAGUACGUUCGACCGGGAAGCAAGCACCCUGGGCCACUACCGGACAACUUUACGCCUGACAUGGUGCCGGAGUCGGCGCGAGAAACGUGCCAAAAUUGGUUCUACAAAAUUGCGUCGAUUCGCGAGCUGCUGCCGAGACUGUACGUGGAAAUGGCCAUCCUGAAGAGUUAUCGCUUUUUGACGGCCAACGAGUUUUCAACGAUCUUGAUGCGGCUGACGCGCAUGAUUCGUGGCAUUGGUGACCCGCUUGUAGCCGUUUACGCCCGAUGCUAUCUCUGUCGGGUGGGAAUGGCCAUCACGACCGAUCGCGAGUACAUCAAGGAGAACCUGAACGACAUUCUAGACAUUUACCACACAAUCCUAAAUGGAGGAAUCCGCGCUGAAAUCGCCAAGCAUCGGAUCACCCUCAACGGGUACGUGUCACUAUUCCUCCCCGGUUUAGACUGGAUCAUGCAGGGCGUCACAAUUCUAAGCACGGACGCCCAGCUGGACGACAUCCUGAAGCGUUGUCGCGAAAAGAAACACCCUGCGCUGCUCAUGCAGUCCAUUAUGCAAUCCUUCCGGUCGGACUUUAUCGCGCUCCGAGCUGUUCACUUUGUGGAGGUUCUGUCCACCAUUUCGGUGGAGGGAUUCUCGCGCGGACAGCUGCUGCGAAUGCUGGGAAGUAUCCUCACGCACACGGCUCCGCCGUCGGAGCAGCGUGGCGCCGUGCUGAACGCCGCCUGGCGCGUCAUCAGCUCGAUGGGCAACGUCGAGGAAUACAUCCAGUGCGCCGAGAUGUGGGCCCAGUACACCAGUCAGCACUUUGGGCUCCGCGAAGUCAACGCCCUGAUGGGGGACAUCCUGUACCACAUGACGCCGAACCGGUCCUACGAGCGGCACUACCACGAGCUGCAGGUCAUCGUGGAUAAGAUCGUGUCCAACACGCAGGACAUUCACGGCGUGCUGGCUUUGGACAACUUUCUGCCGAUGCUGGACCUGUUCCAGAAGGACUCGGUCAAGCUGACCGUUUGCAAGAGCAUCCUCACGAGCUACAGGGCCACCUCUGGCGAUUGGUGCAUCAGCGAUCCGGUCAUUACGAACGCGCUCAUGUACAUCAGCAAGGUGCUGAACGAUUCCGUCAAUGCCCUUACAAGUGAAGAUGAACGUCGUCAAAUCAGUAAUAUUAUCAGCCACUUCAUCCGCAAGGUUGACUUUGGUCGAGACUUCGAACAGCAACUGUCCUUCUACGUUGAGGCACGUGCCGCCUUCUCCAACCUGGACGCCGUCUACUCCACGCUAAUUCAAAGCGUCAACCGCCUUUCCACCAGCACCAGGCGCAUCGUCAAAGGCCAGCACACCAACAAAACGGCAGCAUUCGUCAAGGCCUGCGCCGCGUACUGCUUCAUCACCAUCCCAUCCAUCAUCGACGUCACCACCCGCAUGGAGCUCUACCUCCAAUCCGGCCAAGUCGCACUCCUAAACGUGUGCCUCCAGCAAGCCGACUCCUGCUUCGAAGCCGCCCUCAAUCUCAUCCCGGAACUCCCAAAAACCUACGAGCAAGAUGGCAAACCCACAUCCACCGAACCCUUCCUCAAAUCCUUCCUCGUCAACUUCCUCUCCACCCUCGUCAUCGUUCCGGACAACCCAACCCAGGGCGUCCUCUACCUCCUGCGACUCCUCCUCGAAGUCAUCAAAAAGUACCCCUUCGACCCGCAAUCCCCGCAAACCCUCGCCUCCCUCUACCUCCACAUCCUGGACUAUCUCUCGGUCGCCUCCCAGGAAAUCUACCCAUACCACAUUGUCAACGUCAUCUCCAACGACGAACUGUACGGCUCGGACCCCAAAUUCCUCGCCGAAGUCAACGGCCUUAGCUGCGAAGUGUGCGACCAGGUUCUCCAAAUCCUAAAGCAACUGCUCGAGUCGAACGCCAUCCGGGCGCAGUCGCAGCUUGCGCUGGAGCUCUUCCUGAAGAUCGUAACCGGCGCCGAUCUCACCGUCGAGCGGAUGUACACGCUCACCUACAACCUGUGGAACCUGGCCGUGAAGAAUCGCAGCGCGUUGGACCCGAAACAGUUGCAAAACAUCCUGUCCUACACGGAACACCUGGCCGAGGUAACACAGCUCAAGUCUCAAAAGCACUGUCUCCAGCUGCUGCUGGAAAAGAUGAAAUCAAGACUGUAGGAAUGCCAUUUCCGGUUGACGCGUAGAACCGUACU